AUGGCAGUGCGAAUUAAAUGUUGUUUAUUCGACCUGCCUGGCAUAUCUGCUAGCAGGAAGGGCUCAGAAAAGGGGGCAGGAGCUUGGUGCCCCAAGCAGCGGAACGAAUCCGACAUCGUGGACGACUGGCUGGAAGUUGACCUUCAAGAACUCAAGGUCGUGAACUUAAUCGAGACUCAAGGACGAUUCGGCAAUGGGCAGGGGAAAGAGUACACUGAGAAUUACAGGGUUGAGUACAGGCGCAUCAAAGGAGGGCCUUUCAUAAGAUACAAAGAUAAGAGUAGGAGGGAGUUAUUCAAAGGAAACAGGGACACACACACUGCGGAAAUCAACGAGCUGGACCCCCCUAUUAUUGCCAGGUGGGUACGAAUUCUGGUCGUCAAGACCCACAUCACACCCUGCCUGCGAUUGGAGUUGCAUGGUUGCGUCUGGAGAGACGGCCUCCUCUCGUACAGUAUGCCUCAGGGCGACAAGAGAAGCCCCGACAACGACUUUUCCGACCUCACUUACGACGGCAAACUGACGAUGAUUGUUGUCAACAAUCUCAACAAUAACAACAACAACAACAUUAGCAGCAGCUACAACAGCAGCAGCAAUAACAACAAACUCAACGUUGUACUUGGCAGCUGGAGUGCCGAUGCAAAAAACAACAUUUUGUUUAUAAACAACAACAACAACAACAACAAACUGAACAGCAGUAACAUCUACAACGAAGAUUUUGCAGACGAUUCCACACACAAUCGCCACCAUCACCAUAACCAAUAUUUCAAACAUCAUCACCACAGCUCCCAGAAAUCAAAACAAAUGACAAACAACAUCGUCUCAAGCAACAACGCACCAUCAGCCACUACGACCAACAACAAUAACGCGCAAAACAGCAGCGCCAGUUUUGUAUACCUCUCUGGAGGGUUGGGCCAAUUAACCGACGGAGCGGAGGGCCACACGAACUUCAGAGCGGACGUCGACAACAGCGGUCGCAAGGGUUACGAGUGGGUCGCCUGGCGCAACGACACCGCUUCCGCCAUCAUAGGCCAACUUGGUAGCCAUGGUCGACCAGUCGUCACCCUAAUAUUCGAAUUCGAGAAACCGAGAAAUUUUACAUCCGUUCGAAUGCACUGCGGCAAUAGAUUCAACAUGGACGUGCGAGUUUUCCAGAAGGCCAUCCUGACAUUCAGCUUCGACCGCUUCGACGAUUUCACCACAUCGGAUUCGACUCAGAAGACGAGUUCCGUAUCGAGUAAUCCGUCUGAUGGGAGUGCGGGAGAAGUGAUUUUUGAUAAGAGAGAAUCGUUAACCUACAUAUACAACAGGGAUAUUCUACUAGAUUUCCCGAGAAAUGUUAUCAUCAAUAUCGGAUGCAAGAUCGGUCGGUUCGUCAAAGUGGAAUUAUUUUUCGACGCCAGGUGGAUUAUGAUCAGUGAGAUACGCUUUGAGUCAGGUUGGGGUUUUUUCCAUUGCUUUUUACAAGCACUUUUCGAAGAGUUAUUAUGA